UCCGUGUCUCUCCAGGCUUCUGUUCCCAAGUUCGACAGGAUCCCCUGGCUUUGUGAGGCCAGCCUCAGAAACAAGCCCCUGGUGCUCAGCCUCCCCAAAAGAUACCCUCAUGGCUCUGCCACUUCUCUGAAUUCAUGGAGGAAGGAUGUGAAUUCGCCAAAUACGUUUCAAGUUCCAAAUGGCUUAUCUAAGGCCAGGAGGAACCAGAGAGGCCCCAUGCUGGGCAGGAACCCGCAGCUGUGCUCCACAUGCCAGGAAGUGAAAAUGGUACAACCAAGAACAAUGAUGAUCCCAAAUGAUCUGAAACAUUCCUUUGAGAAUUGUAUGAGUCAUAGAAUGAAGAGUCUUCCGCCACCAAAAGCUCCGACUGAACCCAGGUGUUCCCCUGAUGACAUCUCAACAGAGAGCAUUCACUACAGACUGCCCCUUCUGGGCCCCCGGGCAGGGGCCUUCCACGAGCUGUUGUCAGACUCCUACAAGGCUCUGCGGGGGAUACAGCUCUCUGCCUCGCCCAGAAAGGAGCCCACAGGCAAGACAAUGAGGCAGUGAGUGAUCGGUGCUCAACACUUUCCACUCCAGAGAGAAAACAACCUCACCAAGCCAGUCUCUCAUCAUUGCCUCCUGUCACCAAAGCAGUGAGUCAAGUUUGCCUCCCUCAGAGUGGCUGGAAUCCCCUCUUGCCACCGUCUCACACACUUCUCCUAAAGACGAUGGCUUUAUUUAUACAAUUAUAAAGAUUUAUUGAUUAAAAUGGAACACUUUGAGUGUCAUCAAUUUUAUUUUGGUAAAGAUUCUUAAUUGUGUUAUAAUAGGCAUCAUUUCCUUCUUUCUAAGACAUGAGUUUUCUGUGGAAAUUAUUUCAGCUCUUCUUUCAGGCCAGGGGGGCUGGAGAUGGCUCCUGGAGGGCCCUCAGGAUUCAGCCCAUGAAGAAAAAAGGAGAUAAAUGGAGGUCGCCCUUCUGUCCUUAUCUCUGUCGGUUAACUCUGGUGGAUGACAGAGGAUACUGUGAUUCUAUAACUGGAUUAAGGUACAUGGUCAGUUGUAAUCCUUGAGGACAGGAACUGUGACUUGUCUUGCUCUCCUCAUGACACCUUGCAUAUAUCAGAUGUUCAUCUAAUCU